GGUCGCGCAACGCCUCCUCACGAAUUUCUAACGGGAAGUGCAGGCUCAGAUAAGUGUAUCAGAUAUAGAUUUAAACUAAAAGUUCACGAAAUCUUUACUCACUUUAGGAUUCGGUUGUAACGUAAAGGGGGUGGAGUGAAAAGAAACAACAAGAACUUUGCGUGACGUUUGCUCCAUUCGCACACGCCCAUAAGCGCUAACCUUUGAAGACAGCUGUGAGCGCACCCAAGUUGCGCGUCGCUCUGCUGCAAAUAAAGAUAAACGUAAAGUCGGCAGCAAGUGAAUCAGUCAGUGUAGAGCGCGCGCGCGUGGCCGGCUCUUGCCUUGCUGCGCAUAUCUUUCCACUCUUGUUGUACCGCUGUUGUAAAACGUGCCGAUUUUAGCCCCCUUGUCUUUCGGAAAACUGAAGCCGCAUUGUCAAGCGUACGAGGCAGUAGCGCUCGUGAUCUGCAUGGAAUGUCCUUAAGGGCCUCGGGCAUUAUUUCUUUAGAUUAAUGUGAUCUUUUAUCUUCGUUGCAAGGAUUGAUUGAAAUGGAGGGCUCUACGAAGUGGACGUCAGAUUUAAUGGAGGAAGAGGCUCGUUCUGCAGACGUUCAUCCUAUCUGCUCAACACUGGGUUUAGGUUCCACUUCUGAUCCACUCUGGAAUGGCAACCAGAAUUUUGGCAACUUUCCCAGUGUCCCUCCUUCACUGAGAUCUGAUGCAAGAAGCACCAUUAGUGCGGAGGAAUUCACUUACAUCCCAGUUCUACUGCAACCCAAAUGAAUGCCAAACCGAGUGCUGCCAUGGUGCAUCUGAAGCUGCUGGACACACGUCGACAUUUUCGGUGAAGCAAUCAUCUCAGUUGCCGGUCUGGCUCUGGCUUUUUCUUGCCCGAUGCCUGCGGGUGCCCCUGCCAGGCAGAGGGUCCUGCCGUUUUAUUCCCUCGGUUGGACUUCUGCUUCAGGCCUUGACAGUGCUGUCAUGCAUCGGCCUGUGCCUUGUGCACAUUGUUUAUGAAGUGCGACUCAUCAUGGUGUCCCAUGGGGAAUCCAAGACCCUCUAUCGGUGUAUCAGUAUUUUUUUGGUGUUCAGCUGGUGCAUCUUUGGACUGUACGGGCGACGGCUGGCUCGCAGACUGUUCAGUCACCCUGCCUUUAUCAAGGACAUCAGGAUGCACUCCAAGACUUUGCUGAAGAUCAAUGCGGCAGUCCUUGCCAUAAUAUUGGGAGCAGUAUUUCUGGCGGUGAAUGCAUACAGUGCACGUGCCAUGAUACAGGGCGAAACGUGUGCGCUGAUCGGUUUCCCACGUGGUGUUUGCACCUUGCAUUUUCUUCUGCGUGUCAUCUACUCAAUCUUCUCAUUGAUGUGGCAUGGUCUGGUGUGCAUGGUUUUGGUGUCUGUUGCACGAACACAUACCAUAGGUAUACGAAGGUUCAUCACGGAGCUCGAGGCUGAUGCAGUAAACUAUGAAAUGUGUUAUGCCAAGCAAUAUUAUAGUUCUCCAAUGACAGCUGAAGACAUUUGUCAAGAAAGUAUUUGGAUUGAAAACAAGAUGUCUGCGAGUGGCUCCUACGUUCCGGAUGACUGCUACAGUCAGGGAUCAUCACGCAGGCAUGUCCAGCUGAGAAGUUGCGAGGAUGGCCCAUGCAUUUCAGUUCUCAGUGGAAACUACGAUGCUGAUAUCACAAGAUCAGCAGACCUGAGUGUGGCCACCUCUCGGGCACCACGAAGCUUGUCAAUAGCUGAAAUACUUCAUGUAUACUGGAAGGUGUUGUGCCGGCUGCGCCUGACUGGGCAAGCCCUGCAGCGCUGGGUGGGCAGCCUCAUAGCCCUGGUGGUGUUUUGGUGCUCGUCCCAGUUGGUCACGUGGCUCAACCACUCCCCCACCGUCUGGGAGGUGGUGCAGUUUGUCUGUCCGCUGACCCUGCUACUUGUCAUCACUUCCUCCAUUGCCGAGGUCAACUUGGAAGGUUCACGCAUGAUCAAGUGCAUUCGUCCAACUGAGGAAAGACUCGCGAUGAUGAAUUUUCUUUUAAAAGCACCCAUUCAAUUGAGCACAUUCGGGUUUUCGUUGAGCUACGGCACUAUUAUGACUGUCGUUUUUGGCGUGCUCAUGGCAUUUGCUUCGAAGCUCAUAAUUGUGGAAAUCCAAGCCAAUACAGGCUGAUCUUGUGUCUCAGGGCUGCCCAUGAAAGGUUGCAGACAGAAAGACUGGCUCCAGCAUGAAGGUUACCAGUGGCCUUGAAUCAUCCUAAGUGUUGCUGUUGGCUGAAGCUCUGUGUGAAGUACUUGGCAGCUUUCAGGCAAACAGCAUCAUGUUGACACCGUGUCAAGAAGAAUGGUGCAAUUUUCACAACAUGUUUUAGUGGUUGCUCCUGCAAGCUUAUACGAUGGAGCUUGUGAUAUAUUUCAGAGAUUUACCUGUUUACUAUUUUAGCUGUUUAUUCUCGUGCAUUCUUUUGAUACAUCACCUCUUCUGUUGCCUAUAUGCUUCUGGUAGUGGAGGUCUGGGUGAAGCUUUGCUGAUGUUAUAUACAACAGAGAUACAAAAAAAAGGUCCCUACUAUAUCAGAUGUUCUUUGCAUAAUAUUUUCUCUUUUGACGAUGUCCUGCUGUCAUAGAGCAGUCGUAUGCGUGCAGACCAGAUUGAGCGCAUUAAGUGCACUACACUGAUGCAAAAUGUAGCGAAAACUCGGCAGCUUCUUGCUUAUGCAUGAUGGCAUCUUUUAUAUAUAACCCACAAUUGGUGUUAUUAAACUGUCGGGGAGGAACUGCUUCAUUUUAUGAAUUCUGUGGUUAUUUGAAUUGCAGUGCUAUCAGUUCAUCUGUGUCACAAUUAAUUGCACAGCACUGGUAAACAGAACAAAGAGGCACAGCAGACGACAGACAGUGCUGUGCGUAGUCUGCUCUCCCUGUUUGUCCGCUGUACCUGUACUGCACAGUUAAUCAUAAUAACAAGCCCGAUCACUGCAUUCAUAAGUUAACCUCGACUAGAAGCGCUUCAACUCUACUCAAGUAGAAAGCAAUGCUGCCCCCUCGAUUGAGGACCUUGUGCUUCAAUAAUGUACCUCAGUGAUUCCUGUGAUGAGUCACUUGAAAAGUACUUCAUGGCCCCAAUGCAAUUUAGCAGACACUGAGAGUGCCUGAUUAUGAAAUUUUAGCUUUGGAAUUUUCAAGAAGCACAUUAUUUAAACAUUGUGACUGGAGCUCUUCAGUCACGCCAAUUAUGAAAGUCCUCAUAGACUCAAAUGUUUCAAAGCCUGGACACUGAUCAAUGAACAGUGUGGGGAUAGGAAGGGGGGGGGGGGGGGUAACGCUGACUGCCGAGUCACCUAUGGACAACAAUAUAAACUGUGAAACAGCACUUCUUUAACAAGCGCAGCAAGAAAUUAAUGUCUCGGCAGGCACUCCAGCAAAACUAGCUAAGUUGUAUUUUUCAACAUGAGCUUUCUUCAGCCAGUUUAGCCAUUUCAUAGGAGGCAGUGAGUCACAAUGAGCACUGGUGGCGUGUUAGUCUAAUAACCUCCCUCAGAAAGGUGCCUGUCAUUGUCCGGAGUUUGACAUAAAUGUUUGGAGGCGGUGUGAUUAAAGAGCUCUGGCUGUGACCACUUAGGACAAGGUGCAGUGCUGCCCUCAGCUUUAUGCAAGCUGAGAUAGAGUGUGGAGGAACGACUAAGAUUAUGAAGGCAAGCAUCAAGCCCACUCUGGUGAUGUCAGAAGUUCCACAGCUUCGGUUCCUUUUAUCUUUUCGUGAAACAUUCCACUAUGCGUUAUUACUGAUGAGUGAAAUUUUUAGUCACUGAGUGAUAUUAACUUCACUCCCUGCCAUUAUGCAGUAGAAUCUCAUUAAACAGAACUUCAAUAGACCAAAGAUGCAUAUUCCAAUAAACAGGAGUUCUGUUUACCAAGAAAGAUGUGCAGGAGUGCAGCACUAUACUAUGUCAUACACCGUCUUAAUACUGUUGUCAGAAAUGUUUAGCAUUAAGAAGUUAAUGUAGCAGCUAGUUUAAAUAAGCUAACAGAAAACAACAAGGUGCCUGGCACUUAAAACUUUAUUCUGCAACCAGCACAGUCGCUGACCAAUAAUUCAGGCUUGCCAGGUACUGCCUGCAAGUCGAACUAAAUGUAAGUCCAAAAUAACGGAUUCACCUUAAAUUAAGUUACUUAAUAGAAUAAGAAAAAAGGUUUCCAAAGGCAAUGCUACGCUCACAUAUGCUUGCCUGCGGCCUGGUGAGUCUGUAUCCUUUGGUUGUCGUGCUGUCGCUACAGAUGGACGAAAUCAUGGUUACUGCAUGCACCAAAUCUGCAUCCUCUGUCAACAUUUAACAGAAGUCAACUGCACUUUGAUAGCCGAAUGAUAGCGGUUUUUUUCACAACAUUCAUUUUCAAGCGCUUCCCUCCCUUAUUAUCCACCAUCGUUAGCACAAACAUCGAGGGUGGAAUUGCUGCUAUUCGAAGCUGCUCGAUUCUGAGCAACAAAUACUCGCAACAGCGACUGCUUUGGUAUGUAACAGGUAAAUUUAUGCCCUGGACACCCAAUACAUGCCAAGUGUCCAGCAAGAAUGGCUUUCUUCACAGAUCAGUACAAAACAAAAAUGCUAUUAGAGGUUGAUUUUGUAGUUCUGUUUAUGGAGACUUGCGAAUAUUUUGGUUCCAAUUAAGGCAGGUUCUUUUGCAUCGUUCAAAUACAAAACCAACCAACUGGAGAACCUAUUGUUCCACCCAAUCAGCAACUCCAUUUAAGCGAUUUCUGUUUACUGACAUUCUACUGUAGUGGUAAAAGACAUCUGCAUGCACAUUUCAUGUGAGCAGUGAAAUGUUCUGGUUCCUGGAUCUUUCUGUACUACUUGAAUGUCAAUCACUGUAAGCAUUGUUAAUGCACGUGUGUUUCGCUAUUCACAUAUUCAUGUUUCACUUGUCCAAGACAGUAUGCUUGCCGCCCACUUAAUGUUUAGAUAUGAUCUGCAAUGCUCAUGAUAAGGCAGCAAAUCACUUGACCGCAUAAUUUUUUGUUUGUGGUAUAGUGAUGUCUACUAAAUGCAAAGAAAUCCAUCGUGUGUAUUUUCCUGUGCUUCCCAUUUGUUCCUAGUGCCAUUAUGGUUCCACUGUAUAUUUUAUAAAUGGCAUUAUUUUGUAUGUUGUAUACAAAAAUAAAAUAUACAAGACAAA